GAAUACAGUUGCUCGCUGGAGAAGAAAGCUCGAGAGAACAUAUUGGAACAGGGCUGCAGGAAAAUCCCAAAUAGAACUACCUUCAGUGACACACAACGGAAUUAUGGCUAUAUCGACGCUCGCAUUCGAAAUUUUUUCCGAUCCAGAUCACCAGAACAAGCAUUAGCUGAGGCCACUCUGGAAUGGUGGGAUUUGCACUGGUACAACAACCAUUUUAAAGGUAUAACGCCUCAAAAGGACGACUACCCAACCAUACCAUUCUUCUUGAUGGCCCAUGCCGCACAUAAACGAGAAGGUCGGCUGCGCAGUGUUACCUCUGUCCAGUGUACCAGGAACCUUCUUGAUAGCGCCAGACAAAAACUAUUCAUCUUUGUCUCUUUGUUAACCUACGAAGCUCAAAGACUAUCAUAUUGA